AUGAUGAACCUGCAACUGUCAACUGCGUUUCAAUCGUUCGUAGAGCGGGUCAGGCAGUGCAAGGACCGGAGGGAUCUAUGCAGGCGGGUGAUCGACCGCAUGCUACACACCAAGCUGGCGGCGGCCUUCGACCGCUUCAGGGAGAUGAUUGACAAGUCUCAAGCUCAAAAGAAGGUGAUUGCGAACGUGAUCGGGCGGUGGGUGUCUCCGCUGGAGCGGCAGUGCUUCGACCGCUGGCUGGACUACGUAGAGUAUAUGCGAGCUUGCGAGAAGGAAGAGGCGCAGGAAAGGCUUCACGAGCAGUUACUUUCACUACGCAACGAGGUCAGCCUGAACCAAGACUACGUCAGGAGAGAGCAGGACCGCCGUACCGAGAUCAGCCGGCGGGUGGUGCUACGGAUGUUCCACAUCCAGCUGGCGACGGCGUUCGACUCCUUCGUAGAGCGGGUCAGGCAGUGCAAGGACCGGAGGGAUCUAUGCAGGCGGGUGAUCGACCGCAUGCUACACACAAAGCUGGCGGCGGCCUUCGACCGCUUCAGGGAGAUGAUUGACAAGUCUCAAGCUCAAAAGAAGGUGAUUGCGAACGUGAUCGGGCGGUGGGUGUCUCCGCUGGAGCGGCAGUGCUUCGACCGCUGGCUGGACUACGUAGAGUAUAUGCAAGCUUGCGAGAAGGAAGAGGCGCAGGAAAGGCUGAAAAAAGAGCUCGAGCUCGAGGUCAGCCUGAACCAAGACUACGUCAGGAGAGAGCAGGACCGCCGUACCGAGAUCAGCCGGCGGGUGGUGCUACGGAUGUUCCACAUCCAGCUGGCGACGGCGUUCGACUCCUUCGUAGAGCGGGUCAGGCAGUGCAAGGACCGGAGGGAUCUAUGCAGGCGGGUGAUCGACCGCAUGCUACACACGAAGCUGGCGGCGGCCUUCGACCGCUUCAGGGAGAUGAUUGACAAGUCUCAAGCUCAAAAGAAGGUGAUUGCGAACGUGAUCGGGCGGUGGGUGUCUCCGCUGGAGCGGCAGUGCUUCGACCGCUGGCUGGACUACGUAGAGUAUAUGCGAGCUUGCGAGAAGGAAGAGGCGCAAAGCAAAAUUCAAAAUGAUUUCGCUUUGGAAGUAUCCACACGUAAAGAUAUGUGA